GGCGGUGACCAGGGCAUCCCGGCUCCUUCUUCCCCGGAGCAGCGGGGGUGGAGAGAGAGGGGCUGGGGGAGGUCCUCUCCACCCCCGUCGGAGGGAGCGGAGUGAGAGGAAAGCAUGUGAAAAUUGUGCCUAUUUCUUCAGGUCUGUGGUCGUGAGUUUUACAUUGGAAUUAGAGGAAGCAUUUUUGACACUCUUUACAGAGCAGUGUGGUCCUGACAAGCUGCUUGUGGUGUCAGUUACAGACUUUCUACCAUGAGCAAUUCUACUCCAGCUACAGAUCAUGAGAAGAAAAAAAGUAAAGGAAAAAGACUGCCAUGUUCCCCUUCACGUGUCCUUCACAUUCGUCAAAUUCCAGAUGAUGUUACUGGAGCAGAAGUUGUUUCAUUAGGUCUCCCCUUUGGCAAAGUAACCAAUCUCUUGAUGCUAAGAGGGAAAGGUCAGGCAUUUUUGGAAAUGGCUUCCAUAGAUGCUGCUGUUUCUAUGGUGAACUACUAUGCUCCUGCUACGCCUCACCUCCACCAUCAGCCAGUUUAUAUUCAGUAUUCCAAAUACAAAGAACUUAGGACUGACAAUCAACAUAAUCAGGCUAGACCCCAACCUGCAGUGCAAUGUGUGAAUGCUGUGCAGCACAGAAACCGGGAUAUUACAAGUGCUCUUGCUGCUGAAUGUGGGGCCCUUCCACGUCAUGGUUCUGUUCUUCGAAUCGUUGUUGAAAAUGUUUUUUACCCUGUCACUUUGGACAUACUGUAUCAGAUUUUCUCUAAAUUUGGCUUUGUCUUGAGGAUUAUCAUGUUCCAUAAGAACAAUCAAUUUCAGUCUCUGCUCCAAUAUUCUGAUGCAAUGAAUGCAUAUUAUGCAAAAAUGUCUCUGGAUGGCCAUUGUAUCUAUACUGGGUGCUGCACUCUGCGUAUUGAGUUCUCCAAGUUAGCUAACCUAACAGUGAAGUACAACAAUGACAAAAGCAGAGAUUUCACUCGCAUUGACCUUCCUUUUGGUGAUGGCCAACGAACUGUGGAGACAUCCAUACCCUUUGCCACCCAAAAUACCAUAUUUCCAUCAUAUACAGGGCCUCCUGGGUUUGCCCCAGCCUUGGGCUUUCCUCAGGGAGCAGGUCCUUCUGUUCUGCCUGUUCCUGGAGCACUUGGUCCUCUCAUGGUCACUACAUCAGCAGCACCUGGACACAUGACUAUUCCUGAUAUUCCAGGAAACUCUGUUUUACUAGUCAGCAACCUCAACCCUGAAGCCAUCACACCUUAUGGACUUUUCAUCCUGUUUGGUGUGUAUGGUGAUGUGCAUCGUGUGAAAAUCAUGUUUAAGAAAAGAGGAAUAGCUUUGGUUCAGAUGGCAGAUGCAACCCAAGCUCAAUUAGCUAUCAACUACUUGAAUGGACAGAGGCUUUAUGGAAGGGUCAUGCAUGCUACUCUUUCAAAAUAUCAGACAAUUCAACUUCCUCGUGAGGGACAAGAGGACAAAGGUCUGACAAAGGACUAUAGCAAUAGCCCUUUACAUCGCUUUAAGAAUCCCUGCUCUAAGAAUUUCCAAAAUAUCUUUCCUCCAUCUGCAACCUUGCAUCUGUCCAACAUCCCGUCUUCUGUUACUGUCGAUGAUUUGAAGAACCUUUUUACAAGUAAAGGAUCUACUGUGAAAGGCUUCAAAUUUUUACAGAAAGAUUGCAAAAUGGCUCUUAUCCAGCUGGGCUCAGUGGAAGAAGCAGUUCACGCUCUCAUUGAGCUUCACAAUCAUGACUUUGGAGAAAACCAACAUCUCAGAGUUUCCUUCUCAAAAUCUUCAAUCUGAAUUUUCCCUUUAAGGCUGCAUAAUGGUUUUAGUAAAACCUUCAAAUAGAGACUGAGAGAACUCUGACCAACUCUGUCUCUUAAAAGAAAAACCUCAUUCAUACACAAAAAAUUAAGUGAUGAUUUUUUCUGAUUCCAGCUGCAAUUAUGUAAUCCAUAGAAAGAUUCUUCUGUGAAAUCAUUCUAGCAACAAUAUUUUUCAUCACAUUUCCUACUUAAAUUUAUAUUUUGAGACCAUCCUUUCAGCUUUUGUUUGAAAUCAGCCUUACAAAACAAUUUAGAGUGCUUUUACAAUGUACCAAACUAGUAUGUUUAAUUAAAAGGUAAAUCUAUUCUGUGCAGAUUAAACACUAAUUUGAAUGUGAAAUAGUGCUUGGGUUUCUUGAAGAAAAGCAAACAGUAACUGUGAGUAUCCUCUAAAUAGUAUUUAUGUUACCAGGGUGUAUUCAUACUUUGGUGAAUCUUUACAAAUAACUUGUUUAUAAAAAUAGAAAGAUUAAAUUAUUAGAGAAAAGGCAGUGCCUUCUCUCUGUGGAAUGAAAGUAUUUGACAAAUUUCUUUAAGGUGUGGUAUUGGAGAAUUAGUUUGGCUUGACUGUGGGUUGGAAGUUUGAUGUCCUAUUUCUACUAUGAAGGGAUGUGUAACAGUACCUUAGAGAAAAUAAAACAAGGAAAUGGCCCUGAUUUAAAAUAAUUUAUGUUUUUCUAAAUAAUUAAAUGUUUGCAAUCUUGUGGAAAAUAUUCAGGUCUGUGAUGGUUUCUCAAGGUUUUAAGAAGUUAUUUUUGCUAAGGUCAUCUUUCAGGGCAGAAAAACUAAGCCUUGAGGUAUUUUACCACUCUGCAGUCUAAUACUUAAAUUACUGUGCAUUUACCUAAUUUCUUAUUUUGUGCCUUACUAUAUGUGUAUGAAUAGAGUGUUACCUGAAGUAUCUUGCAAAAAUAUUGUGGGCCUUGUGAAAAUUCUCCUUUUGGUCUUUUUGUAAAUGUUUUCCAUGAUAAUUCAAGAAAUAUAUUUUUUCAUUAAUUAAUAUUUUGAAUUCUAGUUUCUUAUGCUUUCUUAUGGAGAUUGGAUGUAGAUGGGAGUGAGGUUUCAUUUGUUGUGAAAUCACAUAGAGAUUCUUUAAAUUUACCUAGUUGCACUUCUCUGAUGGUAGUUGUUCACUGAUAAAAAAUUCACACCCAGAAAAAAUAUACAAAAAAACCAAACAAACCUAUAUAGGAGGGCCAAACAGCAAAUCCAGUUAAUUUUCUGGACUUCAUCUGACUUUUUCAGAGACACUGGCUGUAUCAGAAUGUUCUUUUGGGUUUCUGCAUUUCUUUAUUUUUAAUACUUUACAGUAUUAAAUUCAUAGAAUGCUAUAAUUCUUUCCUUUGUAAGUAUGAAAAAAUGUUUGAUACUGAAUCUUGAUUCCUCUUUGGGGGAUGAGCUGAGAUGCAGUUAGGUUUUGCCAUAAGUAUACUGAUGAAUACUAAUCUGUAUUUUAAAAAGCUAAAUUUCUUUUUAAGAGCUUUUUCCCCCUGGUGUUUAUGCUUUCACAUAAACUAAUUUAAAAUUAAUUUAAUUUUACCUACCACAUUUUAAAGACCUAUUUCUUCCAAACACGGCAUUUGUCUACUUCUAACUAUUGCAGAAUUUACUUCUGCUCUAAUGUUUUGCCACUCAUAAUUGUUUUUGUUAAUCUGAAUUGUAUGACUUUAUCUUUCUAGAAGAAACAGUAUGUUUCUACCAUGAUCUGAGUAUCCUGUAGUGAGCUUUCUCAAAUUUUCUCUCUGAAUUAUUUUUGCAUAAUCAGCCUAUAUAGUAGCUUGCCAGAUACUACCUUGAUCUAUGUAAAUUGGUUACAGGUGUAGUAUUAAGGAAACUUCUCUGCCUGGCCAUCCAGGAGCCACUCUGGCACUCUUGCACCACCUGAGCUGGAACCAAGGCCCCUUCCCAGCUAUGUCUCCUCGCUCACACCGUCACACCAGGGUUCCAUCCCCAGGUUUUCCAUAGCAAUCUCAGGCAUCCCAACCAUUAAAACAAUUUCAUCACAGUGCAAUAACAAACUAACAGCUCUGGCUGGUGUCUCUGAGGAGGGACUCUGAACAAAGGAUCCCUUAGGCUUUUAUCCUCUCACCAGUCUAAGCGUGGGAAGGUCUGGGAUCGUCGGUUCUUGCCAUGUCUGUGUCUGGUCCCCUGGCUGGGCACAGGUCCCCAGGCCCUUGUUGUGCCCAGGGUUGGCUCUUCAUGGCCUCUUUGCCUGGGCUCCCCCAGCCUGAGCUCAUCCUGCAGCUCCACUGCAGCUGCACUCCGAGCUACCUCAGUGAAUGUGUUCCUCAACAAUAGCAGCCCAUCUGACUGCACAGAUGUAGCUAUAAUAAGUGCUGUACAACACAUCUAUAUAAAUAUGCAGAAUGUAUUAUGUACUAGAAAGUUCAACUGGUUUAGGAAUAAUAUUCCCCUAAGGCAUGUUAUCUUUUGGAUUUUACAGAAUCACAGAAUGGUGUGGGUUGAUCUUCAUGAGUUUCUUACAGACUCAGACUGCUCAGUCUGUCCAGAUCCUUCUGGAUAGUAUCCUUUCUUUCCAGGUGUGCUGACUGCACCACAGAGCUUGAUGUAGUCAGCAAACUUGUAGAGGGUGCAGUUGAUUCCACUGUCCAUGUCACCAACAAGGCUGUUUAACAGCUCUGGUACCAAUCAAUGAUUAUCCUUACAGAACACUGCUCAUUAUUGGUCUCCACUUGGACAUCAAGCUGUUGACCACAACUCUUUGAAUGUGGCCAUUUAGCCAAUUCCUUUUCCCACUAGAGUUCCACUCAUCAAAUCAGUGUCUCCAGAUUAGGGACAAGGAAGUUUUGUGAGACAGUGUCAUACUUUGCACAAGUCCUGGUAGAUGACAUCAGUUGCUCUUUUCUUAUUCACCAUUGCAGUUACUGUUGUGGAAGGCCAUUAAAUCUCUCAGGCAUGAUUUGGCUUUAGUGGAGCCAUCUACUUAAUAAUCUUUCUGAGAACCAAGGUGGGACUUCCAGACUUGUAGUUCCCUGGGUCUUUCUCAUUUUCCCUUUUACAAAUGAAGGCUAUAUUUUCCCUUUCCAAGAAAAGCUUUAGCUUUCACAAUUUCAUAGACUUGGGCUGCUCAGAAAACUCUUUUCCUCCCAGGCUACGUGUUAUUACUAUUAGUGUUUGAAUUCAUCCUUUUAGGGUUCCUUGUUCAUCUAACACCAUCCUGACAUUUUUGCCUGACUUCCUUUGUUGGGAUAAUCACUCCUGAGCUUGGAGAAGGUGAUCCUUGAAUACCAACCAGCUUUCCUUGGUCCCUCUUCCCUCCAGGGCCUUAUCCCAUGAUACUCUAUGAGGCAGAUCCCUGAGGAUGCCAAAGUCUGCUCUCCUGAAGUCCAGGGUAGUGAGCUUUCUGUGCACUUUCCUUGCUGCCCUAAGGAUCUCAAACUCCAUUUCAUGGUCCUCGCAGUCAAGGCUGCCCCUGAACUUCACACUGGUGGGAACCAGUUCCUCCUUGUUGGGGAAAAAAAGGUCCAACAUAGCGCCUCCUCUCCUUGGCUCGUCCAUCAGUUGAAGAAGGAAGUUAUCAUCAGUGCAUUCCAGGCAGCUUCUGGAUUGGUUAUGUGCUGCUGUGUUGAUAGAUAUUAGAGUGGUUAAAGUUCCCCAUGAGGAAGGUUUGUGUAUGUGAGGCUGUUCUUCUCUGUAAGGGGCCUCAUCUUCUCUGUCUUCCUGGUCAGACAAUCUGUAGCAGACCCCCACUAUAAAGCCACCUUCCCUUGUGUGCCUUUAAUCCUGACCCAUUAACUCUCAGUCAGCUCCUCAUCCAUCCCCAAGUAAGACUCCAUGAUCUCUGGCUGAUCAUUGACAUAGAGGGCAGCACCACCUCCUUGUCUACCCUUCCAGUCUUUUCUGAAGAGCUGAUAUCCAUAUCCUUCCAUUCCAACACUCUACUCUUUGGAACCAUCCCACUGUGUGUCCAUGACAUACCAGUGAGGUCAAAGGCGUGCCUACAUGUCUAACUCUGCUUGUUUAUUUCCUUUCAUAUGUACUCUUGCAUAGGUGCUUUGGAUUUGAAACUCUAAUGAAGCUGACUUACUGGCUGAAGUAGCUACAAUUCCCUUGUGUUUUUCUUCUGCUGGCACUGGCAUCAAAUUGAUAGGAGUGGGAUGGACUGAGGUUCAUUUGCCCUGGCAUCUUUAGAUUAAAGCCCUUCUCACCACCUUGACAAGCCUGUGGCAGAAGAUGCUUUUCCCCUGUUCUGACCAAUGGACCCUGUCAACCCUCAGUAGAGCAAUUUCUGAAAGCAAGUCCCAUGGUCAAAGCAGCAAAACUCCUGCAUGGGGUACAGCCCCAGAAGCAUUUGCUGAUUCACCAGAUUUGACUGGCUCUUUCAAACACCUUCCCUUUGACUGUGAGCUUCGAUGAAAAGACUGCCUGUGGAAUCUUAAAAAAUUUUAACUUAGGAAAAAUCUGAAUGUCAGUAUUUAUUAUGUUUGCUCUUCGGAUUUGUGGUACAAGUAUUGUGUAUCUUUUUUUAUUCACCUUUAUUGUUCUUUAUUUUUUUAUUCACCUUUAUUGCAACCAAAUUAUUCUCGCCAACAUACUUUUAGAUUUGUGUAUAUCUGAAAGAUGCUGCCUCUUAGUGAGAUCUGCUUUUACAAGACAUACAGAUAAGCUUUGAAACUUGACAGUACAUCUUAACAUUUGCUUGGUAAUGUGAAGGCACUAGUUAAGGUUACUUCUUCCUUUUUAGUGUUCCACCUUGAAUAAUUGAAAGCAUAAACGUAGCACCUUAAUUAUUACAAUGCAUUGUUGUGAAGAUUCAUGGCAGGAGGAAUACUUUUUAUACUUUGUGCUUGACUCAUUAGUGCCUGGUGCAAAAGCACAGUUGCAUCUCAGUUCUUGAUUCUCUAAAGCUCUGGAUAUCUGUGAAAAGAGCAGGAUUUGGGAAAGAAUCAUAUUCCACAGAGUCUUGUGGUGAUGUAGAUGGAAUAGGACCUCCAAAGGCCUUAGUCCUACAUUUCAGUCAGGUUAUAGACAACUUUAAGCCAUUACUCAAAGAAUUGUCCAUGUAAAUGAAAAAAAAAAUCAAAUGGAACAAAUUCUCAGUUCUUUCCUGUUCCACAGUUCUUUUCUGUUUGGUGGUCCUCAUUGUGAAUUUGCUUCCUUAAUUAGUAACUAGGCUUUAAAUAUACUACAUUCUAUGUCUUUUGCCUUUUCCCCUCUUACCUGUGUAACUCUGAAGAGGAUUCUGUGUUCAUCUUCUUUAUACUGUGGCCUUAAGCUGUUAAAUUUCUUUAAUAUAUGUUUAAUAUAUGUUAUUAAUUUCCGUUUGUCAAGUAUCUGGUAACAUGUACAGUUUGAGUUGGAAUUUGGGUACAUGGUGGGAUUCUUUGGGGCUGUCUUGUGCAGGGCCAGGAGUUGGACUUGAUCCUUGUGGGUCCCUUCCACUUCUGCAUAUUCUAUGAUUCUGUGACCGUAUGGUUAUGCCUCUGUAUAUGUCAUGUCCUUGAAUCAACUCUGAGUUACCUCCUAGUCCAUUUUUUUGGAUAGAUGCACGCUUGCUUCAAAGUGUAAUAAGGCCUUUUUAACAACCCAGGAGCAGCUAAGUGCCUUUUCAAAUGAUUCUUGAUUUGUUAUAUAAUGGUAAAACCUCUGCUUCUUUUAAUUUCUGCAGAACUCUUAAAGCAUCAGAACCAAUUUCUGAAAUUUUGACUCAUAAUUUGAUUCGGUUGCCUUGUCUGCUGGUCCUGUAAGUUGCACUGGAUUUGUGUACUAAUAAAUUGAGGUCCUUAUAUUCAGAAGAUAUUCUGCAUACCUGUGGAAACUUGCCUAUUUGUGACAUUUUUCUGAUUACAGGCAGCAAACCUGUGUUUGUGUGCCAAGAACACUAUUUGUCUUUGUGGAUGGUAGUGCCAGUGAGGUCUGUCUGAUCAAUUAUCUUGCCCUCCUCUGAUUCAUGUCAGUAGGCAAGUGUUAAGUUGGGGUUUUUUAUAAGAGAUGUAAACCUAGUAGUUGCCAUUUUAUGCUGUUAGCUUAUACUUCUGUUUUUCAAAUGAGAGGUUAGCUGCCUACAAAAAGUAUUGUUUUGCCUUAACCUUUGGCCCUGAUACAUCGUUAGUUGGAGCCCAACUACCAGACUUAGUCUUGUUACUGUUGUGUGGAAACUAUACUAGUCAGAUUGCACAGAAUUUUUUCUUUAAAUUAACUUUAUCUUCUGUCUUCUGAAGUUUAGUUUGCUAUAUACAAGAUUGUUUGCCUGCUCUUUUCAAAGCAAAUCCUAACAAUUUGAAUAUAAAAUUUCUGAAGCAUUUAACUUCAGGUUUUAUUGAUGGGGAUGUUAUGUAGGAACAAAAUUGGACCAAAGUUUUUGUGCCUUCAGUAGUUUUAUAUAUAGGGUUUUUCAUACCUUUAGGUGUCUUAAUUAUAAUAAAUACAUUUUUCCCCUCUGGAAAAUGUAUAUUUAUAUUGUGAAAAAUUACUAUUGUCUACUGACUAUACAAGAAGUGAACUACAGCUGUUUCAAUACAGAUUUAAUUAUUCUACUGUCUUUCCCAUAACAGUUUUACUUUUCUACUGCAAUGUGUAGGAAUCCAAGCAUAACUCACGUUAUUUCCAACUUCAGAUAAUAAUGACAUGUGCUUGGAGCAGUCCCAAAUAAAUUCAAUGCUUACAUAAUUGAAGGUCCUUGAUAAUGAAGAAAGCUUUUACUUCAGCAGAUUAAUGUCAUCACUGUAAGCAAUUUUUCAGUUCUUGGAAACUGUGCUUUAUUUAUGAGUGGGAAGCUACCACACAUAAACUUGAUUUGAAGCCCUUUCCAAUUAUUUUUUAAUAUGUUACCCACUUUCUGCAGAAGGUCACCAUAGAACUGCAGCAGAACAAGAUGAAAGUUGCUAACAAAGCAGAUUCUUGCAUCAGAAUGUCACUUCAUUCUCUGACCAAAGAAUGUUCUGGUUUUACUGAGAUGUAUGGAAACCUGUUAUCUCUGACACUCCCUUCUGAUGGGAAGACCCAAAGUGGCCUCUAUUUGAGAUUGUUACUGAUGGUAGAAACAGUGGAAAAUGGAGAUAGUAAUGUGAAACAAGUGGUGUGAGAGAAGGCAAAAUGUUAAUAUGUUGCUUUUAGUACUGUAUUCAAGACACAGGAAACAUCUCUAAGAAUUGCUGUUGAUCCAUUCAUAAAAGUUCCCUAUCAGUUUAUAAAAAUGUUCAUCUAACACAGGAAAAUACUGUAAAUAUUUGUAAUAUCCUGUUUUGUUGUUUUUUGCUUUUUUUUUUUAAUAUGGCAUAAGAGUGUUUGGGGAAACAAAUUGAAAUGUAAAAUGUUUUUAUAUGAAAAGAUUGUCUGUAUAUUUUAAUAAGCAAAAACUUUCAUUUGUAAAGCAUCUUGUGGCAUUGCAUGAAAAAUAUUUUAUAUCUGUGGAGAUGAUUUAAAACUGAAAAGAUAUAAGAUGAAUUAAAGAAACCUAUUUUGUGACUGUGUAGUGCAUGGUGAAUUUGAUUUUGCUUAUGCUGUAAUAUAGUCUGGUUUUUUAGGUACGUGUUUUUUCUAGUUACACGAUAUCUAUACCUACCUAAUUUCCUAACUCUAGAUGCUGUAGCAUGUCUUUUAAUAAAUGUAAUUAUGUCUGUACUCUC